GACGGCGACGAGAGCAUCACCGCCGAGGAGUUCAAGCGGGGCCUGCAGAAGCCCGAGGUGCGGGACUUCAUUUCCGCGAUGCAGGUGGAGAUCAGCGACGCGGAGAAGUUCUUCGCCAUGCUGGACGAGGACGGCAGUGGAGAGGUGGACCUGGUCGAGUUCGUGACGGGCAUGCAGCGGCUGCGCGGGGAGGCCAAGAGCGUGGACAUCCACAUGAUGCUCCACGAGAACCGGAAGAUGCUGGGAAUCGUCAGCGGGCUCGUGGACGUUAUCGGCGAGGACCACCUGAAGGCCGGCACGGCCUCCGACUGCGGAUCCCCGCGGGUUGUCAAGCAGCUCUCGCGGGGAACUUGCAGCCCCGGCGCGUCAGCGAGCGGGCGCGUGGCCGCCUUCGGCAGCCUGGCGGAGCCCGUGUCCUGA